AUGAGCAGUCGCCUAAAGUCCAUACUCAAGAACCCAAACCGCGUACACAAGAAAAAGCCCGCCGCACCAAGGCGGACAAGCAGCGGUGGCAACAGCAGCGCCGCCACCAGCACCAUCAACAACCGAAGCGCCAGGUCAUCGCCCUCGUCCUCGUCAUGGAGCGACUCGCUCCCAAGGACGAAACCAGGAGCCGCCAGGCCGCAGAAGGCAGAUGACCAGGAAGACUUCUUCCAGGACAAGCUGGACGACACGGGUCUUGUACAAGCCCUCGCGACCGACCUGACCCUCCGCGACGUCCCGCAGGCGAUGCGCUACUCGCGCGAGCACAUGUUCGCCCCAAUGCCGGACCAGCUGUCAUCGCUAGGCCUCAGAUCGACCCGCGUGGCCGAGGUGCUCGGCGCCAGGCGGGCCCUGCCGCCCGUGGUGACGGUCGCGCACCUGCAGGCGCUCCUGCGCAGCCCCACGGCCGUGGACCGGGAAGCAGCUGAGCUCACGCGCGCCGGCGCCUUGCGGAAGGUUGUCGUCCUGAGGCGUGGCAGGGACGGAGGCGUCGGCGAGCUCCUUGUCGCCACCGGGGACCUGGAGCGGCUCGUCGAGGCCAGCGAUGCAGAUGGGGCGCUGGACGAGGGGACCCGGGAGGCUUUCUGCCGAUGGCUUGGGGACAACCCGGCCGCACUCAAGGUCUGCGCCGGCGAUACGGCCCUGGAUGCGAGCAAUGUCGACCAGCUGGUCAGAGCGGGCUUCCUGACGACGGCUCAUGAUCGAGACGUGGGUAGCGUCACGUCUACCUUCGCGCGGCCGGAAGAUAGAGGCACUAAUAUCAGCCUUGCGGCUGUGUCGCGCGCUGCUGCCGGGUCCAUUGACGCUGUGGGAGGCGAGGGAGCCGUCCAUGCAUCCGGGGGCAGCGGGGCCCGGUCCGGAGGUAGUGGUAGCACACACCAGGGCGGCCCCAGUGUUGAUCUCUCACUUGCGGUCCCCGGGCAGGGACCAUACCUGAAGCUUGUGUCGGCGGCGCUAUCACAGCUGACAGCUAUACUUAACAAGUCGUCCUAUAAGGAGAUGCCCGAGACGCUGCUGAGGGAGAGGUGGGACGGUGGCGUGGCGAAGCAGGAGUCGAAACAACACGCAUCUAAGAGGGAGAGGCGGGAGUUUGCUGGGGUGCUGCCGGCUAGAACAAGAAAAUGGAAGGACUUUCAUGGUAUGACCUUCGACUGGAUACUGCAUGAAGCUGUUGGUGCCGGGCUCGUGGAGGUGUUUGAAACAGGGAGCGUGGGCAGAGGGGUCAGGCUGCUGUGA